AUGGUCAGGAAAAUUAUCUACGAUAUUGGUCAAUGCAACAAAAAGAUAUGCUCCGGGCAAAAACUUAUUCGGGCGAAUAAAGUGCAAAUGUUAAACAACAAACAAAGAUUUGGCGGCAUACUCCUAUCACCAAAGGGAACACAGACUAUCUCCCCGCUUGACAAAUGCGUGAUCGAUAAGCAGGGGAUAGGAUUGAUAGACUGCUCAUGGAAAAAGGUUGACUCCACCGAUUUUAGACUGUUUUGCGGGUGUAAAAACAGAUUACUUCCGUUUCUUGUGGCUGCGAAUCCUGUAAACUAUGGAAAACCAUGCCAAUUAAACUGUGCCGAAGCCUUGGCUGCUGGUCUUUAUAUAUGCGGAUUCGCAGAUGAAGCUCAUGAUGUUGUCAGGGAGUUUAACUACGGGAACGAGUUCUUCAAGAUCAACUACGAGCUCUUGUCGCUCUAUAAGGAUUGCCAUGAUAGUGCCGAGGUUAUAGACAAGCAGAACAGGUACUUGAACGAUAAUAUGAGACAGAAUUUAUGA